AUGCUGAUCUUGUACGGGUCCCAGACCGGCACCACCGAGGCGUUUGCGAAGAUCGUGCACUCGUUCGCGACGGCACGUGGACUGUCGCCGCGGCUCCUCGUCGCCGACGACUUCAACCCGACACAGCUCGUCCAUGAAGGCGUUGUGAUCUUCCUCACUUCCACAUUCUACAACGGCGAGUUCCCCAGCAACAUUUCUCGCACGUGGGAUUAUCUCAAGGCGACGACAACAUCGCUUCCCUCCACGAAAUUCGCCGUCUUCGGUCUCGGGAACUCACACAACAAGGUCAACUUCAACGUCGCUGCAAAGCUGUUGGAUGCCCGCCUCGAGCAAUUGGGUGCAUCGCGCUUGAUUCCCCUAGGACUUGGCGAUGAACAAGCGCUCUGUGGACACGAAACCUCGUUCCGGCCUUGGAUCCAGCACCUUUGGAUGAAACUUCUCGGCGGGCACGGCAAGAUGACCCUGCCCAUUCAGUUUCAGAUCUCGGCCCCUGCCGUCGACGCCGUCAGCGUCGUGCGCACCAUUCCUGGAUUCAACGGAUUCCGCGUCGUCUCCAAUGCAUUGCUCACUCCCUCAGGGUACGAACGACCGACGUACCUACUGACGUUGGAGUUGCCGCCCGACACGACCUACCAACUCGGUGACCACAUCCAAGUGUCAUACAACAACUCGAUGGAGCUCGUAAACCGCGCCGCCACGCGCUUGGGACUCGACUUGAACACCACUAUCCAGCUCAAGCCGUUUGGCCACAGCGGGUACUUGCCAGUAGACACCCCCAUCAAAUUGGUCGACUUGCUGCGCGACUACUUGGACCUGUCGUCGCCGCCGUCGCGGUCGUUCCUGGAAGGCCUGUCCGCUUUGUGCACUGACCCAGACGAAGCGCUCGCGCUCGAACAGCUCGCCGAAGACAUGACGAUUGGGAACCUCUACUCCAAGUACGUCGGCGGGAAUACGGUGUUUCGCACGCCAUUCACACUCGUCGACGUCCUCGAGCUGCAUCCGUCGAUCCAAGUGGGGCUACAUCACAUCCUCGGCAACAUCUCGCUGAUCCGACCGCGGUACUACUCGGUGUGCUCGAGCCCGCUGCAGCUCCCGCACCACGUCCAAAUUGUGUACAUGGUCGACACGUGGCGCUGCAGCAACGACCCGAACAAGGUGUUCAUGGGCGCCGCUGCCGGCUACAUGUCCCGUCUCGCUCCCGGCGAUGUCGUGACGUCGUUGCUCAGCCGCGGGUACUUCCGGCUGCCCACGUCGCUCGAGACGCCGAUCCUCGGGGUGGCCCUCGGCACGGGCAUCUCGUUCUUCCGCGCGCUGCUGCAACAUCGCGCGUACCACCACGAUCACAACCAGACCGUGAGCAAGAUGCGUCUCUACUUUGGUAUCCGCCAUGCCGCCAAGGACUUCCUUUUCCAGGACGAGCUCACCGCGUACGUAAAUCGAGGGCUCCUCGAGUUAGUUCCGGCCUGUUCGCACGAUAGCAAGGACUUCGUCACGCCUGUGACCAAGAUCCGCGACUUCCCGAACGAGGUGGCGCAAUACCUGGACAACGACGGCGUGUACUUUUACUGCGGGAUCGGCGGAACGAUCCCAUACUUCCACGAGGCGGCGAUCGAAACCGCGCUCCAAACAGUGCACAAGUCGACCCUUGCCGCCGAGAUGGAGACGGUCGACGAAAUGAAAUUGACCGGACGAUGGCAGGUCGAAGCGUUCUCGUCGUGCUUGGACCAUGAAAACGCCCUGCAGCACCAGCAAAAGGUCCAAACGAAGAAGGAAGACACGCCGAUCAGUGACGUUGUCGGCGACUGCGCCAUGUUUUGCUUUCAGUGCGGCCAGACGAACCAAGGCAUCGGGUGCACCAAGAUCGGUGUGUGCGGGAAAACGCCGACCGUCGCGGCGCUCCAGGAUCUCCUCGUCGACCACCUCAAGCACCUGAGCUGGUACGCCCAUCACAUCCGCGCGGUCGAUCCGGACGUGGCGUCGCUGGCAGAGAUCGACCGCUUCACGCUUGUGGCGCUCUUCUCGACGCUGACGAACGUCAACUUUGACGCGACUCGGUUCGUGACGUUCAUCCAACAGACCAAGGGAUACACCGAUCAGCUGACCCAAGAGUAUGCGGCCGUGUGCCAGGCCAAGGGCGUCGCGCCGAGCCCGGUCCCGUGGAAGCGCACCGAGGCCAACGUGGUCGACAUUGAAGAGCUCGUCGCGAGCGGAAAGAAGGUCGGCGUGCUCUCGCGUCUGCGUGCUGGCCGCAACGACGCCCUCGUCGGGCUCCAAGAAAUGCUCGUGUACGGUCUCAAGGGCCUCGCCGCAUACACGGACCACUCGCUCCAGUUUGGCAACGAAAAGCCCGAGAUUUACCACUUCAUCCACGAAGCGUUUGCGUUCCUGUGGUCCCCCGACGCCGGCAAAAUCGACAAGGUCGUCGAGAUGCUCAUGCGUUGUGGCCAAGUCAACUUGACCGCGCUCGCUCUCCUCCACGAAAGCAACUGCACGUACGGCGCCCAGUCGCCUGGCAUCGCAACGUCGCUUCCUCGCCCUGGCAAGUGCAUCCUGGUGUCUGGCCACGACCUCAAGAUGCUCCACGAUGUCUUGGAAGCGUGUGCAGCGUACAAGGCCGAGCACGGCGUCCACAUCAACGUGUACACGCACGGCGAGCUGCUCCCGGCCCACGGGUACCCCGCCCUCCGCGCGUCGCCCCACCUGUUCAACCUCAUGGCCAUUGGCGCCGACGUCCAACAAGACAUUGCCAACAUGCUCGACGGCGACAAGCCGACGGCGCCGUAGGGGACACAUGCUGAGUCGUCGCGCUUAAGAUAUUUCAAUAUAUGUAUUCAACGUCGAGAUGCCAACUUGCGUGGAGGAAAUAUGCUUUCGGCAUGCAAAUAUGCACGCGCUGUCGAACCAGGGGGCGUGUUCCGGACGAGCGGCGGCGCUCCACGAGCACAUCGUACGAGCCAUUGCUGUGUUCACUUGGAUGUCCCAAUACGUCGGAUGUCGACAUCGCGAGGUGAUCGCGCCGGAGCACGUGCGAUGGACCGACGUGCUGCUCCCACGAGUUUUCUCGGCUUGUGUGUUGCCUGGUUUGUUGCAAUCG